GUCCUAACCCUGACAGUGACCAAAAUGAGAGUGAGAUUCCAUAGGUCAAUUUAAAGAAAAUAAAAAGAUAAUUUUCAAUUUUGUUGAAUAAUUACAACCAUAAAUAAUUUCCCUCAGAUGCAGGGUGCUUGAGCUAUCCAAAAAAUGGUUCUCGACAAAUUCCUAACCUAAAAAUUUCAACUAUGAAAAGUUGACCCUUUCUUUCAAGGAAGAGAUUUUCUUAUUUCCCAUUCGAAAGUUAAGAAUAAUGGAUUUUUUGUCAAUGGAGGUAGAAGAAGAUAAAGAUUUUAUAAGGACCAUAGAAUGGCAUAUGAUGGACAAAACCAAAUUUUUUCCUUUAUCCAUGUUGAGCUCUUUCAGUGUAAGGUGUGCCCUAUAUCCUUUGACUUUAAUAAAAACAAGGUUGCAAGUGCAAAAACACAACGAUAUGUAUAAUGGAAUGCUCGACGCCUAUGGCAAAAUCUAUAGGUACGAAGGAGUGUCAGGGCUGUACAGGGGCUUUUGGAUAUCCUCCGUACAAAUAGUUAGUGGGGUAUUUUAUAUUUCAACUUACGAAGGUGUCAGGCACGUUUUAGCCCAAAAAAAUAUCGAUUCACGUCUCAGAGCCCUUGCAGCUGGAGGCUGUGCCUCUUUAGUUGGACAAACUAUUAUAGUACCUUUUGAUGUGAUGAGUCAACAUCUUAUGAUGAUUGGAACUGUUAGUAAAAAAGGAAAUGUAGCAUUUAAUCCGUUAGGAAUUAAUAAUAGCCCUGAUAGGAGCAAAUUAGCUAUAACAGCUGAAUUAACUAGAAGAAUUUUUAAAAUGGAUGGUAUAAAAGGAUUUUACAGAGGCUAUCUCGCUAGUUUACUCGCCUAUGUUCCUAAUUCAGCUUUAUGGUGGGGAUUUUAUCAUUUUUAUCAAGAGGAACUUUUCAAAAUAAUCCCUCCAUACGUUUCUCAUCUGCUCAUCCAAACAGUUGCAGGAACUCUAGGAGGUUUUACCACAACAAUUAUAACAAAUCCCCUAGACAUUGUCAGAGCUAGACUACAAGUCCAAAGAAUAGAGUCAAUGCGGAUGGUGUUCAGGGACCUUUGGCGGGAAGAAGGCCUAUGGAUGUUUUCCAAAGGUCUCAGUGCUAGGUUAGUGCAAUCCGCCACAUUUAGUUUUAGCAUAAUUUUAGGAUAUGAGACGAUUAAAAGAGUGUCCGUCAAUGACGAGUAUAGAGAACAUAUUCGAUGGUGAUAUAAUUUAUUGUUUUGCGAUUUGGCAUUUAGAUUGUACCUGUUGUUGUUUAUUAUUGUAGAUUUGACUAAAAAACUGUUAGUAUAGUUAGGACAAACUUUAUUUUUUUAGAUUUAUAACUGGUUACUGUUAUUUACUUUCCUUUAGGCAGAUUUUUAAGUUUGUUAUGUUGAAAAAAAGUGUUUUAGCCUCAAUAAAAUAAUGUUUGACAAUUACAUAUUUGUUCUCGAUGGUCAAACGUACAGGGUUUUCCAUGUAGUUUAAACAAAUUUCAAUAAUGAAUGUGAAUGGUUACAGAGAAAAAUUGAAAAAUACUAAAACUUUGCGAGUUCCAUCUUUUUUCUGGUUGCCAUGGGAGAUCACUCUGUACAGGGCUAAAUGUAUUUAUUUUUCUACACUCACUAAAUUUUUAAUUGAUAGACACAAAAGUGUCACACUUGUUGAAAUUUUGACCAAAUAUGUAAAAUAAAUAAAUAUGUCAUGUUCGUUUACGUUCUAGUUUGAUUCAA